ACGCCCCGGCGGCCAUGAGCCCCUGCGGGCGGGCCCGGCGACACACGUCCAGAGGGACCAUGGCGGUGCUGGCCUGGAAGUUCCCGCGUACCCGGCUGCCCGUGGGAGCCAGUGCCCUCUGCGUGGUGGUUCUCUGCUGGCUCUACGUCUUCCCGGUCUACCGGAUGCCCAGCGAGAAGGAGAUAGUGCAAGGGGUGCUGGAACAGCGCACGACGUGGAGGAGGAACCAGACAGCCGCCAGACUCUUCAGGAAACAAAUGGAGGACUGCUGUGAUCCUGCCCAUCUCUUUGCUAUGACUAAAAUGAAUUCCCCCAUGGGGAAGAGCCUGUGGUACGAUGGGGAGUUUUUAUACUCAUUCACUAUUGACAAUUCCACGUACUCCCUUUUCCCCCAGGCAACCCCAUUCCAGCUGCCAUUGAAGAAAUGUGCGGUGGUGGGAAAUGGUGGGAUUCUGAAGAGGAGUGGCUGUGGCCGUCAAAUAGAUGAAGCCAAUUUUGUCAUGCGAUGCAAUCUUCCUCCGUUGUCAAGUGAAUACAUCAGAGAUGUGGGAUCCAGAAGUCACUUGGUGACGGCUAAUCCCAGCAUAAUUCGCCAGAGGUUUCAAAACCUACUGUGGUCCAGAAAAACAUUUGUGGACAACAUGAGAAUCUAUAACCACAGUUACAUCUACAUGCCUGCCUUUUCUAUGAAGACAGGAACAGAGCCAUCCCUCCGUGUUUAUUACACUCUAUCAGAUGUUGGUGCCAACCAAACAGUGCUUUUUGCUAACCCUAACUUUCUGAGGAGCAUUGGAAAAUUCUGGAAGGGCAGGGGGAUCCACGCCAAGCGCCUGUCUACAGGACUCUUUCUGGUGAGUGCGGCCCUGGGCCUCUGUGAGGAGGUAUCAAUCUACGGUUUCUGGCCCUUCUCUGUGAAUAUGCGGGAGGAGCCCAUCAGCCAUCACUACUAUGACAACGUCCUGCCCUUCUCCGGCUUCCACGCCAUGCCGGAGGAAUUUCUCCAACUCUGGUACCUUCAUAAAAUUGGUGCACUGAGGAUGCAGCUAGACCCAUGCGAGGGGCCAUCUCUUCAGUCUACUUCCUAGGGGCCACGGAAGGAGACAAAAGGACCGGCAGGGUGCUUUUUCUAGGUUUUCUAUGUGGCCUCCAAGAGGAACAGCCAAGUUGAGUCGAGGAUUGGCAUGGAUCCUUUGGAAAGAUAAGAGAACCCCUUAAUAACACAAGCAAAACCUUCCUUUUGAUGUCGGCUUGGAGCACAAUAAGAAAUCAAACGUUCUGGAAAAUAUUUUAUAGCAUGUUGUGGAUUUGCAACUGGUACAAAGGGAGACAGUGUGGGUAGAGCACAUUUCUGUGGUCCAGAUCUAGACGAUGCAAUUUGAGGAUGAGAAUGAACUCUAGUUGUUGAGACCAAAGGACUUAUGAUGGUGGAGUACAGAGAUGCUGGGAUAGAAGUGUUGCUGUCAACACAAACCGGCAUCAUCAUCCAUUAAAAAGACCUGUCUUAUUAAGACUGGCAUUAGAACUGUAGGCUUUUAAAUAUUAUUAUUUAUUUUUGCCCUGUUUAAGGGCAGUGGAUGGGUGAUGGGGUAGUCUUAAAAAAUCCUUACUGCUGAUUAUUGUGAUUUGUUGAAACAAGUCUAUGUUAACUAUAGUUGUUCUCCGUUUCUAAAGUUUUAAACAAGAAUCGCUUCUUCCCUCUUUGGUCAUGUCUUCUUAGACAAUAUAAAACAUUGUUGGAUUUAGACUGUGUUGAUUCAUAGUCUGGACAACAAAAGCCACUUCCUCUCCUCAGACAUUAGGACAUAAACUCAGUUUUAGGUCUGUGUUACACCAGUCUGUUGGCAUCAUGGCUAUUAUUUUAGUAAAGUGAUUACACAUGCAAGUGCAUUACUUACCUAUACAUUGGCAAAACUGUCUUCAUCACUUAAUGUUCAGAGGUAGAGUAGCACGCGAUAAGGUCAAAGCUUUGUCUCUGAGGCAGACAGACCAGAAGGCAGAUCCCUUUCCUAUCUCACAUGGUAUAUUCACUCUGACACACACUCUACAAAGUAAUCAAAGUGUACCUAUCAAAACUGGGUGCACAUGGCCUGGCAUCUGUAAUCAGUGUUGGAGAGCCACAGUUACAUGGUGUAAUGUCCAUUAUGCGUUGAUAUAAGAUAAGCUGGUGUCCUGGUUGCUGCCCAUCAGUGUGCAUACAGCAUGAGGCCCAAGUCUUGCCCUCAAAUACUUGAUCCAGAGUGAGAGCUGUCUUAUUCGUUCUGUUCUCACCCAAAUCUCGUGACUACAUAAGGCAUGUCUCAUGUAAGUGCACAGGAAUGAGUCUGCAGCUAUUGAUUUCCUUAGUCACAGGAAGGACCACUUCAGCUUGUUCCCGAAGCUCUAACACACAGAAGGAAAGCUGUGCUGGCAGAUUACAAGCAGCCAGAUGUGUGUACAUAGGGAAAGAGAAAGGAAAACCCUCUUGUCUUUGUGCUUUGGAGUGUGUUAAGCUCAGAGCAGAUGUGAGGACUCAUCUUUAUUCUUUCAAAUGUCAUCAUGAUGUAGGUAAACUCUACCCAGAAGCUCUCCUUCAAUGUUGAAGAUAGAAAUUUGGUAUGCUAUUAAAACAGGUGGCUUUUAAAAAGGGGGUUAACUUACAAGAUGGAGAAAUAA